AAACCGCCUAAAACCCAUUAUUAUAAGUAGUUGAAGCUAGCGCUACAAUGACAAGUGUCGGCGGGCUUCUAUGUAACAACUAGCUAGUAAUAAUAUAACUCGGUUCUUGUGCGUUGUGCUGCCGCAGAUUGUUUUGCUAUUAGGACAUUAAGCGUCACAUUUCAGGCCUAUAACAAACCUAGGCGUGCGUGAGGCUCUGAGGCGCGCCCUUCAAGCUGCCUCCAUAGUGACCUUCUAGCCCGGUGCUCGGUCGACUGCAUCGAAGCCAGGAAAUGGGCUGCGGUGCGUCGCAGGUUGCAUCACCUGAUGUUCCUAACAAAGCUCCAGAGAAGGUCCCCAACCCCAGCUCGGGAAGCGUCACCAGCUCCGAGCAACUGACCCCCCGCAAAGAGCCGCCCAGCAAUGUUGCCCAGCCAGCGGCCGCGGCCGCCGCCUCCAACCCUCCUUCCCGUAAAAGCAGCGUCGCACAGGGAGGCACAGCCUCUACCAGAGUCUCCACCUCGGCGCCUGACGCUCUGUCUGCGGCGACAUCCAUCGCAGCACCGAUUAGCGGGGCUCCUUCAACCACCCCCAGCAGGGCUCAAAGCGCUACCUCCUCACGCAGCAAGUCACAGGCAGCAGCGGCUGCUGCUACGGGUGCUGAAACCCUCACACUCCCUCCGCUAAGCGGCAGCAGCAGUCCUCGAGUCUCCGCCGCAGUGACGCUAACGGACGCACUAACGCCUAACGGCCCCAUGGGCGCUGUCCGCAAGUCCAAAAGCAUCUCUGCCACUCUCCUGCCACCUCUCCAUGCCUCUGGGGCUGCUGACGGCGCUGCUGGCGGGGUGCCCCGGAGUUCCUCGACGCCCGCCCGCCCCUCCGUGGCAGCGGCUGUGGAGGGGGCGGCGCCGCUGCCACAGGCUAGGGAUAGCCCCUUUGUGGACGUCAUUCGCGGAGAGGCAUUCGACAUCCGCGACCGAGUGAAGGAGGCGCUGCCGCACAUGGCCUUCCCCUUGAGCGCCGCCGCCCGGGAGGUCGUCACCCUGGCCACCCAGUCCGCCGCCUGCCUCGCCAACGCCGACAACCUCGCCUCCCUGCGCCAACGUGCGGUGGCGGGGCUGGCACUGCUGCACAUGUAUGGCGAGCUGCUGCAGGACGCAUCAGCAGCACCAGCAACAGGGGCUGCAGCAGGAGCGGGGGCAGCAGCGGGAGCAGGAGCUCAGGAGGAGUUGGAGGAGUACGACACGGGGGGUGGUGGGGUCAGCGGCGGUUUGGGGUCCUCCUGCGGUGGGGCCAGCGGCAUGGGGCUGCAUUCCGCGGUGUCCGGGUUCCGUGACGUGGUGGCGGGCAUGUCGGCGCUGGCUCGCCCCUACUGCGGCCGCGGCUGCGUGCUGCACAUGCUGGCGGCGGACGCGGGGGCGGAGCGGGGCGCGUACGAGCGACUGGUGGGGGCGCUGACGGCGCUGGCGGAUGAUGUGAUGACGCGCGUGCGGGGCAGCCGGGGGUGGGG